AGCCCGAGUGAAAGCUGGAGGGAGACUUGGGUGGAGGAGGAGGAGGAAUGGCCGCCCUCAGAUUGUUAUCGAGAGUGAUACCGGCUUUCUCUGAGAGCAUCGCAGCAGACUAGUUGCCCUAAUUCGGUGCCUCUUGGGGGUUUGGGACUACCCUCUCCGUAAUCCCAGCCUCUGUCGGGAAGUGAGCGCCGUAACGUCUGGAAGUUCACCAGGUCGGGCGAGGCUGCUCCACGAUGUCGCGCAGUUCAGCAGCGCGGAAAGUGAAGCCGCUUGACCUAGUCGGACGCCGAGCCGAGAGGAACCGCCUCCGCUCUGAGAGCACGGAGAAGGAGAGCGUCGCCUUCCCUCGGCCGCGGGCGAUGCUUGACCCCGCAUUCGGCCGCUUCCGCUGCAUACGGAGAGCUGCGCCGGGGCGGGGGUGGCCAAAGUUAACCCCCUCCCACCCCCUUCCUUUUUGGCGUGUUUGGAAGCGCGCGGGAGUCCGAGGAGGGGCCCGCCUCGCUUCUGAGUCGCACGACCCCGGAAGUAGAGGCGGGGGGGGCUCCCGGCUCCUCGGUGCUGCGGCUCCUCGCAGCUGCGCUCCCGUCCUUGUGACUCGCGGGCGUAGCCUCUGACCUGUCGAGAAAGGGCUAGGAAUUCUACCUUGUCUUUUCCCGAAUGUGUAUUUGUUGUUUUCAUGGCUGCCGUGAUUUACGUGGGGUAAAUGUUCAGGAUCUGUUCACUAAUAUUUUUUGUGAAAAUCUCAUGGUGAUGCUUAGUGAACAGCAGGUACAAGAGAAGGUGCUUCAGUAUGAAGCAUUUAUAAGUGAUGUUCUGCAGAGAGACCUUAAGAAAGUGUUGGAACAGCGAGAUGAGAUUUAUGAAAAAAUUGCUCAGUAUUUGCAACUUAAGAACAUUAUUGAACGUUUGCAGGAAACAGGAGGCCAGGAGCUGACAACUCAAGUGGAUCUAGGCUGCCAUUUUUAUGUCAAUGCAGAAGUGCCUGAUACAUCCACCAUAUUUAUAGCUCUGGGUUAUGGCUUCUUUGUGGAGUUGACACUACCAGAAGCACUAACCUUCAUUGAGAAGAAGAACAAGUUGCUUACUGAGCUCAGUGAAGCUCUUACUAAAGAUUCUGCCAAAAUAAAAGCCAAUAUCCGGAUGGUUUUAGAGGGAUUACAUGAACUGCAAGGUUUCGAAGAUCUGCCUGAGGAGAACAGAAGGGACAUUUUCCUCUAGGUAUCCACCUUCUGUGAUCCACAGGGAAUAAUGUUGGGUUUCUAGAAGAAAAGUUGAUUUUUGUGGAUAUUUUCCUGAAGCAAGGGCUGCACAUGUGAUGAGAAACCCUGGUGAAUGAGAGACAGUGACAUGACGUAGUGAUGGGGAAGAACAGCUCCACUUUUAGUGAGUGUAUUAGGCUGUUUGAACUUUGUCCCAUGUCUGACUCCAUUAGUUCUGUUUCUUUUUGAAAAUAAUUGUAUUAAUAAUAAAGAUUCUGUAUUUGUGCUGGA